AUGGAUAAUCACAAUAGUUUCGAACGUAUGUUUAUUUAUGCGUUAGAAAAUAGCAAUGUGGUUAUAAUUCAGGGGAAAGAUGCUUCAACUGAACCAGAAAAUCUCCCUCUUUACAUCUACAAUGCGGGAUUCACCUGCCUAUCGCAAAAACAUCCUUUUUUUAGCAGAAAAAUUGUUAUUGCCCGACCUCAUAUUUCAAAAACACGGAUACAACGGUUAUCUAGUUUAUUAAACAAUGGCAAUCUUGUCGGAUUCAUGGAAACAUUAGAAUUUACUCGCCAUUCUAACGUUCAGAUAAUUUUUACCAAUUAUGACAUUUUAAUAAGAAAACUUCUUAUAGAUCCACUUCUUACUGAAUAUUCUGUUGUUAUUAUUGAAGAUGUUAACAAAAGGAACAUUAUGACGGAUGCUUUAAUCUCUCUGCUCGCCAUUGUAACAUCUCUUAGACGUAUGCGCCUUGUCUUAACAAUAUCUUCUGGAGAUUCAUUGACUCUAACAUCUUAUUUUAAAAAUAAUAAUGCAUUUUCAGACAACAAACUUACCGUACUCGGAUCAUAUGCCAAUGUAAAACCCAUUCAUUAUCUAAAGGAACCUACGCCUAACUAUCUCGAUGCGGCAUUUGAUAUAGUGUAUGAUAUAAAUAAAAGUGAACCUGCUGGAGAUAUCCUUGUGUUCCUUCCUCGAGAUAAUGAUGUAAACCACUUCGUUUCAUCUAUAAACACUAGUAGUGCCGGCAAGUCAGGACAUUUCCAAUUAUUAGCUCUAAUACCAGGCGAUUAUACCAAAAAAUAUAUCAGUUUAAAUCGCAAAGUUUAUGUUACAAGCGCUACAAAACCAUUUUCACUUGAAAACAUUCAUUUUGUUGUCGAUUCAUGUCUAGAUAAAUAUACUAAGAUUCAUAAAAAUGGACAUUUACAACAAACAAUUCAAAUUGCACCUAUCGAGAUUAUGGAUUAUAGAUCUUCUUUUACAUCAAAUAAAUGCUAUCGUUUAAUGAAACAUGAGAGCUUAUCAUUUGCUCCUCGAUCGCACGACCCUAGGGCUGAAACUGAUGAUAUUACAAAUCUAGUUUUAUACCUUCUUUUGCUGGGAGGAAAUAAUUUGAAAAUAGAAUUAUUAAACCCCCCCAGCAUCUUGUCACUAGAAAAUGCACUUUUAAGACUAUUCUUACUAAACGCGAUAGAUUAUAAUGGAAAGAUUAUAUACCCAAAUGCUCACUUUAUGUCUCAAGUUGAUUUCGAUCCGAUGUUAUCGGCUUUUUUAUUACAAUGCGCUUUUAAAAAAUGCCCGCUUGUAGGAGCAACAAUAUGUGCAAUGAUAUUUGUCAAAUCGGAAUUGUGGACAGAGAAUCCUACCUCAACUUCAUCUUUGAAAAGAUUAAAAGAUGCAAGAAUGGAUGUAGGAGCUAUGGAAGGAGAUUUUUUUUCACUUUACAACAUUUAUAGUCAGGCAAUGACUCAUUUAAAUAAUAUCAAACAAUGGGCCCAAAUGCGUUUGAUAAACCAUCUAGCAAUUAAAAAGGCAAAAAAAAUUAGAUCAAGGAUCAUAAGAACAUAUAAGCAAUUUAAAUUUAAAAUUACGGAAUCAAAUGAUCAAGAUUCUGUUACACGAGCAAUGGCUGCAUCUUUCUUUAUGAAUGUGGCAUGCCCUAAACAUGUGUUAUUACAAGGAAUAAAUAAGGAAUAUAAUGAUGAAUGUGGCAACUGCCCAUAUAUGCUUUUAAAUGACAAAGAAUCCGUAUUUUUCAUACACCCUCAUUCAUUCAUUUCCCAUUUACAACCGCAAUGCCUUAUAUUUACUAAUGCUAUACAUGGAGAUACCAAUUAUAUCGUGAAUGUCAAUCAAAUGGAUCCAAAAAUAUUGGUCCAAGAAGCUCCAAAUUAUCUGAAAACCAGCAGAGUUUAA